GUCCAGGACCUUCAGUAGAAUGUUGAACAAAUUGGAUAAACUGAUGGAAAGUUGAGAGCCUGAGACUCAGAAGGCAACUUCUGCAGGUGACUCCUGCUGCUGGGAACUGGAAGGAGAGCAGUGCACUGGAGCACUGGAGCAAGCACAAUGGACUCUGGCUUCACCUCCAAGGACACGUACCUGAGCCACUUUAACCCACGGGAUUAUCUAGAAAAAUAUUACAACUUUGGGUCCAAACAAUCAGCAGAAAAUAAGAUUCUUAGACAUGUUCUGCAAAGCCUUUUCAGGAUAUUCUGUGUAGAUGGCGUGAAGGGAGACCUCCUGAUUGACAUUGGCUCUGGACCCACCAUCUAUCAGCUCCUCUCUGCUUGUGAGUCCUUCAAGGAGAUCAUCGCCUCUGACUACACUGACCAGAACCUGAAAGAGCUGGAGAAAUGGCUGAAGAAGGAGCCAGGGGCCUUUGACUGGACCCCAGUAGUGAACUACGUGUGUGAGCUCGAAGGGAGCAGGUAG